UUAUGGUGAAGGACCACAAAGGGAAGGAUCUUGGGAAGAACUUGCAGAGAUGUUUGAUGGAAUGGGGGCUAGAGAGAGUUAUGACAGUCAUCGUGGAUAAUGCAAGCAAUAAUGAUGGCUGCAUUGUUCACUUGAGAAAGUGCAUGGUUGAGGCCAAAACUAGCAUAGCUGCUGGAAAGUUUUUGCAUAUGAGAUGUGCGGCACAUAUUUUCAACCUUAUUGUACAAGAUGGCCUAAAAGAAGUUGAACUUUCAAUCAAACGUGUCUGAGCUGCUGUGCGAUACAUCAAGAAUGGGACUUCUCGGUUGGUAAAAUUCAAAGAGCUAGCAUUGGAAGAAAAAGUUAAGAGCAAAGCAUUCUUGAACCUAGAUGUAUGCACUCGGUGGAACUCAACUUACAUAAUGUUGAAGGCUGCCAUCACCUACGCGAAGGUGUUUACAAGGUACUGUGAGGAUGACCCAUUGUAUGCGUUGGACUUGUCUGAAGAAAAAGGAGAAUUUGGGUAUCCAGAUGAAAUGGAUUGGGAAAAUGCUAGGAAAAUGGCUGCCUUUCUUGCUCAUUUUUAUGAUCUUACUGUUCGUGUGUCAUCCUCACUUCAUGUCACUUCCAACAACUUUCUUUUCCAGGUUGGCAAUAUACACAUAUUGGUUCAAAAUUGGAUGAGCAGUACAGAUCCUUUGCAAAAAGCUAUGGCAGAGAGGAUGAAAGAAAAGUUUGACAAAUACUGGGGGUCUUGGCAUGAGAAUGAAAAGGUGAAGGAUAAGGGUCCUAUUGUAAAUGAAAGAGGGAAAGGGAAGAAGAAGGAGAAGGAAAAUCUCAACUUGCUCAUUUUUAUUGCUGCAGCUCUUGAUCCAAGGUAUAAGCUUUCUGAUUUCACUAGGCUCACUACUUUGGAAAUAUUUGGUGUUGAGUCUGGAGAGAAGGUGUGGUAUGCUGUCAACAAAUGUGUUCGCGAGUUGUUUGAAGAAUACCGAGUAAGAUUGACUACACCAGAACCAACAACACCAGCCAUUAGCCAAGUAACAAUAGAAGGAGGAGGAGCAAGUAUGAUGAAGGAACUAAUUGCAAGUAGGUUGAGGCAAAAUAAUAGUGGAGGAAGUGCAAGUAGUAAAUCUGAGCUUGAAAAAUACCUUGCUGAAGACUCUGAAGACCCUGACAAAAAAAUUGACAUCCUAGGAUGGUGGAAAGAGAAUUCAUCUAGGUUUCCAAUCUUGGCAAAUAUGGCUCGUGAUAUUCUUGCUAUCCUCAUUACAACUGUGGCUUCUGAGUCUGCCUUUAGCACAAGUGGAUGCAUACUUGAUGACUUUAGGACAUCUCUAACUCCGUUUAUGGUGCAAGCAUUAGUUUGUACGCAAGACUGGCUGAGAAGGUCAACAGAUCCGGUCGACAUCAAGGAGAACUUGGAAGAAUUAGAAGUGCUAGAAAAAGAGUUGAUUGAAGAAUUUGGUGGCAAGGUGAAGGGAAAGCGCAAGUUCAAUGGUGGUGUUGUUGCUUCUUCCAUGGCCAAGUCAAACAAGUGUGCAAGUCGACCAACAAAGUGACAUCCACGUCUACCCAUGGCUGAACUAAAAUCAUGUUGAAUGUAUGUUGUUUUAGUUAUCAUCUUUUGCUUUUGAUUUGUGACUUGAGACUUGAGAAUUGAGAACUGAGAGUGAGAGUGUGAGACCUUAAUGUUUGUUGUUUGCUGCUGAAUUGAAAGCAUGUACUAAACUUGAUUUGUUUCAUGUCAAGUUCUAUGUUGUCAAGUACUAAGUGGUGAUGGUGUUUGCUGCUUGUCGACUCCAUGGGCUGAUCCGCUGAUGUUACUGGAUCUUCUUACUUUCUGGUGUCAAAUAUAAAUGAGUAUGCAUGCAUGGAUCUUGUUGCUGGUGAAGUGGUGAUUAUAUAUAGUGCUAAUUUUCUAUUUAAA